AUGGAAGUUAAGUGUCAGCAUGUGCUCUGGCUGGCUAAAUUGUCUUACAAGGCUUCAAUCUUCGAUCAUCUGAAUAAGCUAAACAUCAGUCAGCAAGGCAAAGAUGGGGAUAUUUUGACUAGUAUAGGGAAAAUAAAUACAUUUAAACUGAAGGUGAAAAAAUGGGAAAGCAAUGUAGAAAAGAGGUGCUUUUCUGAUUUAGAAUUAUUUGACUCAUUUAUGAGAGAAUGUGGCUGGGAACAUGGUAUGCAGACAACACAGCAGACACUGGAGGUACACAUGUCACACUCAGUUAUCAGACACCUUACUCUAAUGCAAGAAAACCUUGACUUCUAUUUCCCAGACAGUGAGAAUGACCAGUUGACCUCCAACGUGUGGAUGCUUAAUCCCUUCACAGAUGAAGCAACUGAUCAGUGUGAUGCUCUUUUGCAGCUUCGAGCGGAUUAUUCACAAAAAGCAGUUAUCAAGACAUUUAGCCAUCCCAUGGAUUCCUGGGUUACCCUGCUUGAUGGUCCAGAGUACAAGGAUCUAGCUGAGCGGACAAUAGCCAUAGUUGUUCAGGUGCCAACAUCAUAUUUGUGUGAGCAAGGGUUCUCUACUUUAGUUUUGGUGAAGAUAAAGAAAAGGAAUGCAAUCCUGAACCUGGAUCCUCUCAUGCGAGUUGCACUUGAAGAUCGUCUGACACCUCGACUCAACUUGAAGAUCGUCUGA